AUAACGUAUUUACUGUUACGUUGCUGUUAAGAUGAGUUCAAAAUGAGCCACACAGACAUGUCCUCCUCUUGUGAUGUUAUUAGACGGACGCCUUGAACCCACGCGGACGUGUGGACCCCCGCGCUGGCACUUCGAGGGAAAUUUGGAGCUUUGCUUUUGAGUUGGGUUGGUAGCGUCGUGGAGGAGGAAGUGGGUGUUAUGGGGGCUUUGUGGCGCCUGCUCUUGAGCCUUCUGCUACUCUCGUGGGAAGUCAGAAUAUCGCAGGUGGCGGGGGUCAAAGCGGUCACCCUGCCAGAAUCCCUUCUGUUCGUGUCCACGCUGGAUGGAAGUCUGCAUGCUGUCUCCAAACAGACGGGAGACAUCAAAUGGAUCCUAAGAGAAGACCCUGUUAUACAAGUGCCCAUCAACAUCACUGAGCUAGGUUUUCUCCCGGACCCCAACGAUGGCAGCUUAUACAUACUCGGUGGCAAGCACAAAGAAGGCCUGCUGAAACUCCCGUUCACCAUUCCAGAGCUGGUUCAGUCGGCUCCCUGCCGGAGCUCUGAUGGCGUUCUCUAUACAGGCAAAAAGCAGGAUGUGUGGUUUGUAGUGGAUCCUGAAACGGGAGCGAAGCAAACCAGUCUAACCACGUCCUCAUCCAGUUCCAUGUGGGCCAACGCUCCUCUCCUCUACAUUGGGCGCACAGAGUACAUGGUCACCAUGUUCGAUACCAAGAAGCAAGAGCUGCGAUGGAACGCUACGUACAACGACUACUCCGCUCCCCCCUAUGAUGAGAAACUCGACUACAAAAUGGCUCAUCUUGUGUCCAGUGGCGACGGCCUUGUCGUCACCGUUGACAGAGAGUCUGGUGACGUGCUAUGGAGUCAGGACUACGGCUCGCCCGUGGUGGGGGUCUAUCUGUACUCGGGCGACUCGCUCCGGCACGCCCCCCACCUGUCGCUCGCCCUUGAGACGUUGCGCUUCCUCACCUUCUCCUCCUCCUCCUCCUCCUCUGUCACCGGCGAGCAGACGGACGCCCACUCCACUCUCAAGUGGAGCUAUCAGUUUGUGAAGGAGCAAGCCAGCGCUCCAACACAACUUGUGCGCACGCUCUACGUCGGAAAACUGGACUCCCAUCUCUAUGCUUCCUCUUCCCUCGUUCACCAAGGAUUCCCCUUGGUGCGGGGUCAGACCCUGGGCCGGAUUGAGGGUCCCGAGACGGCCGGUGUGACGGUCAGCGGACGAGGGGAGUGUGAGAUCAUGCCGUCCACUGACGUACGCUAUCCUCCCGGGAGCACGACCAGCCGGAAAAACCACUGGUUGUUAAUCGGCCACCACGAGGUCCCACCAAUAGCACACACCACCAUGUUGAGGGAAUUCCGAGUCAGCCUGCCGCGCUCCGGUGAAGCCGUCAUCCCCCCUCGAACUCGUGCCUCGUCAUCCUCGCGCACCUCCAACUACAACCAGCGGCACUUCUGGUCAGUCGGCCCGAGCGAUGGCGAAGACGACGGAGGAGCUGGCGACAGGAGGAGAUGGGAACGGUCCCAAAAUCUGGCCGCCUUACUUGCCGUCUAUAUGACGCAGGACUGCCUGACUCCGGCUGUGGUGAGCGUGCUGCUGGGGGGAUGGCUUGCAUAUGCCAUCGUAUAUAAUCGAGCAGCCAAGAAGCUAAAAGCUCAGCGGCACCAGCUAGAGGUGGCAUUUGAAUCUUGUAUCCAGCGCACACAGACUGACACGCCGGCAGCGACCUUCAAUUCCUCCGACUCGGCACUUUCCAUCAACACAAACGUCUCAAGUGACUCCCAGCAUGCACCAGCAGACACUGCUUCAACUCCUUACCCCAACAGCAGUCGAGCCUCAAGUGUGGAUGGUAACAGCGGAGCAGGCCACCAAACGGCCGCAGCCGAAAACAGGGAGGAGGUGCACGUGGGUAAGAUCUCCUUCACCACAUCCGAAGCCCUCGGGCACGGCAGCUCGGGAACAUUCGUCUUCAGGGGCGACUUCGACGGACGGCGUGCCGCCGUGAAGCGAAUCCUCCCCGAGUGUUUUGAGGUGGCAGAGCGUGAAGUGCAGCUCCUGCGACAGUCCGACACGCACCCCAACGUCAUCAGGUACUUCUGCACGGAAAGGGACAGCCUCUUCACGUACAUUGCCAUCGAGCUGUGUGCCGCCACCGUGCAACAGUAUGUGGAGGAUCCGUCUAAUUUUCCCGACCUGAGUCCGAUUACGUUGUUGGAGCAGACCAUGUGUGGCCUCUCGCACCUGCACUCGCUCAAUAUAGUCCAUCGGGACCUAAAGCCUCGAAAUAUCCUGCUCUCCUUUCCCUGCCCGCUGGGUAGGGUCCGAGCCCUCAUUUCCGACUUUGGGCUGUGCAAAAAGAUCCAGGACGGUCGGAACAGUUUUUCGUUGCGCUCGGGCAUACUGGGCACCGAAGGCUGGAUAGCUCCCGAGCUGCUGCUGAACAUUGCUGGCAGCAAACCGACCACUGCUGUGGACAUCUUCUCAGCGGGCUGCGUUUUCUACUAUGUGAUCAGCGGGGGGAGGCACCCGUUUGGUGAGACUCUGAUGCGGCAAAUGAACAUCCUGUCGGGAGAAUAUUCGCUCUCAUAUUUCAUGGAGACGAUACACGAAGAUGUUGUGGCUCAGGACCUGAUCGAGCAGAUGAUCAGUUUGGAGGCGGUGUCUCGUCCCUCCUCCGCUUGCGUGCUCAAGCAUCCGUUCUUCUGGAGCCCCGAGAAGCAGCUGCUCUUCUUCCAAGAUGUGAGCGACCGUAUUGACAAUGAACCAGUCGACGGCGAGAUUGUGGUUAACCUCGAGAGUGAGCGCCGAGGGGUGGUCCGGACCAACUGGAGGCUGCACAUCUCUGCGCCCCUGCAGAUGGACUUGAGACGUUUCAGGACGUACAAAGGCAGCUCAGUGCGAGACCUGCUGAGAGCCAUGAGGAAUAAGAAGCAUCACUACCACGAGCUGCCGCCCCACGUGCAGCAGACCCUCGGCGAGCUGCCCGACGGCUUCGUGGGCUACUUCACCUCCCGCUUCCCCAAGUUGCUGAUGCACACACACGCCGCGCUGCGCGUCUGUGCCCACGAGAGACUGUUUCACUCCUACUACAUGCCGCCCCACGCCAAGUAGCAGUCACACCCGUCUCACUCUUCUACGUUAUUGCUUUUGUAAAGCCGUUACAGUUUUUAGCUACACCUUAAGAUACAUUGGCUUGGUUUGUAUAUUUAUAUUUUAACAGAUUUGAGAGAGAGGACUUCAGGCUGGAACCGCACAUCCAGAAACGCUCACUGAUAUGCUGAGUUACAUAAUAUAUUGAAAGGCAUCUAUCACCCUGUGGUUUUAAAGAGCGUCCCGUCGGUAUUAAUAGUACUUGUUGUAGCAACCAACUGAUAACGGCCUUUGUGAAGGAAAAAGCUUGUGCACUCUUAAAGGUAGCGACACUGACUGAUAAAAACGUACCACGUCAAAUACUGUACGUCUCCAAUGAUGACCACUGUACUCCACACGACGCCUGCCAUUUAAAAAAAAAAAAAAAAAAAAAGGAAGUGUACUGAGCAUUACUCCUAUUUUAUUUUAUUUUUUAACUCAAAGACCGUUUUCAUGUGAACUUGUUCCUGUUACUACGCACUGACUAAAGCCUUGUACUGCUGUUGAACCAAUGUUGAGGGAGAUCCUGAUUUUCUAAAUUAAAUUUCUACUUUGAGUGUGCCAAAGAA